AUGAUUCUAAGUGCGAGGCCCCACCACCUGGAUCACCACGUUGCCGUCGUGUGGGGGCUUGCGUACUCCUAUGAUUCUAAGUGCGAGGUCAGCAAUGGUAUAACCUUGCUGAACCAGCCAAGGAAGAGGAGUCCGACUAAGAGUGAUCCAAACCCGGCACCCGGGUGUUUUCAGGAUUUAUUAUGCCACGCACCCGCCCUCUACCGAGUGCCACCGGCCACGCCAUCUCCGGUGCCACUCGGCGCCAUCCGCCUCUACCGGUGCCAGCCGCCACCGCUCUACGCGCGUGCGCCGCCACGCCUCUACCUGUGCCGCGCCACCGCCUCUUACCGGUACGCCGCCGCCAGCCGCGCUCUCGCGUGCGACCGCACCGCACACUUCUACCAGGUGCCACCGCCCCGCCUUACCGCCGUGCCACCGGCGCCACCGCCCUACGGCUACGUGCUGCCGGCAACGCCUCAUAACCGGUGGCCACCGCCAGCCUCUACGGUGCGCCGCACCGUCUUACACCG